GGCAGCAGCAGCAGCAAGGCAGCCGGGGCUGCGAAAGGCAGCCUGCCCAGAGGCCACUUUUCCUUCUGGGGAGAGUUUCCAGCGGGGAGUUUCCUGUCUCUGGCCUCGAUUGUCUGUGGCCAACGCGCGGAUCCCGCUGAGCGAGGGGCCAUUGGCUGGCGCUCCUCGGGGCUUGGCGCGCCCGGGGGGCCGGGGCCGCGCCUCCUCCCCUUCCGCGCACAUCGACACGGCUCUCCCCGGGAGAUCCAACUCGUUAACUUCUUCGCCGAAAGUCUUUUUGGGGAGGGGAAACGCGGCGGGAACUGCUGCAGCCUGCGCUGGAUUUCAGACGCUGCCCUCGCUCGAGGAAACACUCUUGCAAAGUCCCGGGAAGGGGCUGUGCUGCUUGGGAGAGGCUUCGUCUCCCGCUCCCACCCUGGCCUCUGGAUUUGGUAUGUCCCUGAAGUAUCAGCCCAAGACAUAAAGGAUCAGCCGAGAGAUGCUUUUUUCUUUUGAUGGAGGGUCUCUUCAGAAAACGGUGGCUUUAAGAGGAUCCAGGAAGAAGUAACUCCAGUCUGCACACCAAGUCGUUGGCUCAGGUUGAAAGUGCUUUCAUGAGUUAACACUGGGCCCAGAUCUACCCUUCAUUCCCUGCAGUCAGGUGACCUGCAGCCAAGCAAUGGGCCAAAAAAUCUCAGGGAGCAUAAAGUCUGUUGAUGUGAGGGAGCCCCCUUACAGACCUGUCAAACGAGAGCUGAGGGGUCCAGAUUUCUGCAAGCCUGCUCGGCUGGAUAUGUUGUUGGAUAUGCCUCCAGCUCAUUUGGAGGUUCAGUACAAACAUGCUUGGAACAAUGAAGAUCGAUCCUUAAAUAUAUUUGUGAAGGAAGAUGACAAACUGACAUUUCAUAGACAUCCUGUUGCCCAGAGCACAGACUGUAUCCGUGGCAAAGUUGGCUAUACAAGGGGCUUACAUGUCUGGCAAAUUCACUGGCCUACCAGGCAACGGGGGACACAUGCUGUGGUUGGAGUAUCCACAGCAGAAGCUCCAUUGCAUUCUGUAGGAUAUACAUCAUUGGUUGGCAGCAAUAGUGAAUCAUGGGGCUGGGACCUCGGACGCAACAAACUUUAUCACAACUGUAAAAACCAGCCUGGGGUGACGUAUCCUGUAUUUUUGGAACCAGAUGAGUCCUUUGUACUCCCAGACUCCUUACUGGUGGUUUUGGAUAUGGAUGAAGGGACACUUAGCUUCAUUGUAGAUGGGCAGUACCUUGGAGUUGCCUUCAGGGGACUAAAAGGCAAAAAACUUUACCCUAUAGUCAGUGCAGUUUGGGGGCACUGUGAAAUUACAAUGAGAUACAUCAACGGACUUGAUCCGGAACCCCUGCCUUUAAUGGACCUGUGCCGAAGAUCAAUCCGCUUUGCUUUGGGCAGAGAACGCCUGCAUGAUAUAGAAAUUCUACCUUUGCCUCAGUCUCUGAAAAAUUAUUUACAAUAUCAGUAAGAUUAAUUCUAGACCUUUAAAUGGUAGAAAUUGUUUACAUCAGAAUAUAAAUCUUUGUGAUGGAUCUUUUGAGUGUUAUUUAAUUUUUUUUUUACUUUUUUAAAAAUCAUCCAUGGCAGAACAUUAUGGAGACUACUUAGGAAUGUGAAAACUCUCUGAAUUGGUUUAGUUCUUUCAGUGAAAUAAAUGUUGCCUAUGCUGUUAGCAGCCUUGAUACACAGAAUCCAAAGCUUAUCUUCACAAAUAAGAUCCAAAGUUGCGGUGUAUAUCUUGGCGUAAGUGCAUAUUCAUCUGGUGAAUAUGCACCAGAUGAAGCUCUAACUCCAGGUGUAGCCUGUAUGCAAAAGAAACGGGUUACCAGCUGUACAGCUAGUAAAAUAAAUACCACUGUGUAAGAUUUCUCAAAAGUCAGAUAGAAUCCUGAAUGCUCUCAAGGACAGAUACAACUACCCGCAAUUCUGUACACAUCAACUGUGAUGCAAAUCCCCUUUGCACAUAGGCAUUUUUUUGUUCUCCCUUGUGAAGAAAGAUGCUCCAGUCACACCGGCUUCUCAUGUGCAGUAUAUAAGGGAGUAGAAAACCCUUGCACAUACGGAGCAUUGGAGCUGCGUUGGAACUGCUAUAUUGUGGCCUUUUCAUUUUUAGUUGCUCUACCUUUCAGAAAAUCGUGCCGUUGGUAUAGUAUACCACCUGCCAUAUUUUAAAUUAUUUUAUAUAGCAGCUGGGUCAUGAUUUUAAAGGUAGUUGAUCUUCCUCUUUUCAGAAGCAAUUCAGUCCAAUGUAUAAACUAGGUGAGCUGAGCUGGCAUACUUAAAUUUAAGCAGAAUUCUCUCCUAUUGCUUCAGUGGGGUAGGAUUUGCUCAAAUCUCUGUUUUCUAGCUUAGCUUAUUAUUUAUUAGGGUAUUAUUAACUUCACCGACCCAGACCAAAUAUCAUAAGACAUUUUAACUUUGAAUAAAUGUUCUUAUUUGUACUCCAUGAAUUCCAAAUACUGGAUUUUCUUUUUAACAUGUAUAUGACAAUAGCAUCUGCUUAUCUUUUCAAGAGUCUCCCAUUUAUCUGUUUUAUCUCACCAGAGAAGGCUGGCCUUGUGUUGUCCUCCUUCAUUGCUUAAUAUGUAUUCAUUCUUCAGGAUGAAUUUUUUUUAAAGACAAUGCUUUCUUUUUUGAGUUUCCUAUCAUGUUCAAAGAUCUCUGCCUGAUGAAUUGUCUAGUUUUUAACUGGAAGUUGUUGUAAUGGCAGGAUGUCAAAUGUUUAGACUGAGCUGCCUUCAGCAUAUUUUAAUGUGAAUUUAUCGAUGAAGAAAAUGUUUCUA